UGUCGUUUUGAUACAUUUGUGCUUUGAAUCAGUUCGUUAGCGUUUGGUCGUAAUUUGUUUUACCCAUUCUCAUAAUUUUUUUAAACAGUAUUCUGGGGUGCAAUGGACGACAGCAACGCAGUGAAGCUCUUUGUUGGGAAUCUGGAUUUGGAAACCACACAAGAUGACCUAAUAGCACUUUUUGCCCCAUAUGGAGAAGUGGUGCACAUAACUGUACUGAGGCAGUUUGCCUUUGUCCAUCUGCAGGGAGAAGGGGCUGCUGACCGUGCUAUCCGUGAUCUGAAUGGUCGAGAGUACCGUGGCCGGAGCCUUGUAGUUGAGGAAUCCAAAGGGAGGCCUCUCAAUUCCACCAAAGUAUUUGUGGGGAACCUAUGCGCUUCCUGUACAGUUGAAGACCUGUAUGAUCUCUUCUCUGCUUACGGCAAAGUUCUCGAUUGUGAUAAAGUAAAGACAAAGCCCUCCUCAUUAAUAGGCUACGCCUUUGUGCACAUGGAGCGUAAAGAGGAUGCAGAACAAGCCAUUGAGGGUCUUCACGGGACCUCAUUUAUGGGGCGUCCACUUGCAGUGGAGCUCUCAAAGGUACAGCAGACCACAAACAAGGUCCCGUGUGCCAGUUGCGGUGCACAUGGCCACUUUGCAGGAGAAUGUCCGAUCAACAGGCCUUCAAUGGAGCACCACCAGAGUCAGGCUGCUGUCUUGGCUGCGGCUGCUGCGGCUGCUGCCGGACUUCCCCUUCAGGUGCAGCAGAGUGUCCACAACUCUUUCUACAACACUGCGAGCACUGACCCAACGUUUGCAGCUCUGAAAGACUUGACCACUUCCAGGGUUGAUGGCAAACCUGUCAGUGCUGCGUUCUAUGGUGCCCUGGCGAGUCAAGUCUACAGUGCUGUCGCAGACCAGGUGCUGAACACAUCGACAAGCCAAGCUGGGGACGGCUACCCCAACGAAAGAGAAGCACCGCCGGGCGCUGCCGCUGUUAACCCAGCCUAUGGAGCAAAUUCCUCUCUGUACAGUGCCAGUCCAGCUUAUGGGACCAUGGGAGGCACAGAGCCUGACCCCCAAGCCGUCUUUGAAGCUGCUCGGGCCCGAUUCUUUGAGCAGGGACAACAAGUGCUGGCCGAACAGCAGGCAGUGACCAAAUCUGACCGAGACCGAAGUCCGGUACGACGUUCGACCCCAUUACUGCCUGAUCCAGUUCCCCAGCCAUUCUCCCAGACACGACCCAAACGACGGGCCCUGCUCCCAACACCUCCUGGUGGUCCAGAACUACCUGCAGUUAAAAAUGGCGACCCAAUUGCAAGGUGCUAUGCAGAGUACUACCAACAGUACCAGCAGUACCAACAAUACCAACAAUACCAGCAGUAUCAGCAAUAUCAGCAGUACCAGUACAGCUAUCCGCCGCCACCACCACCCCCUGCGAUGCCCAUGAUGCCUCCAGGCCCAAUGGAUGUGCAACAGAUGGCCGCCCCAGGCACCACUGCUUCACCAAGAGUGUAUGAGCCAACUUCAACACACAAGGAGCCCCUCCUACGCCGACCUGAUUACCCUCACCAACACACAUCUGAGUCCCCAUAUCGAUAGCCCCCACCUCACAAGUGUAUGCACGCAUGUUUGGAUGUGAAAAUGUGUGUGUGUGUGUCAGUUUUGGUCCUACAUGACAAAAGUAACUGGAGGAAAGGGAUAAAUCUAAUUAUUACUGCAACAUCAAUUUGAUAUUGUAGUUGAUAUUGUAGUUUCGCAGUUAUCUUCCCCCUCAUAAUGUUAAAUAUCUCUAUGUACAGAAUGUAGACGUUUACAAGGCCAUGGAAGUUUUGAUUCUGAGCUCCUCUCGGUUUAAUUGUUUUGUUUUUUCCCCCCCGAUGUGCUCAGAAUUACAUCAGCUGUCACUUUUAUAGAUAAAAUACUGUUUGACCAUUGUGUCGGGUCAGACAUUCUCCGAAGUCAAAUGACUGUGCCUUGUGAAAAUAAACUUUUUUUUUUUUUUUUUGUGUACAGACUUUUGUAAAACCAAGUACUUCAGAUCAGGUACAGUUUUAUUAAAUUCGUGGUUCAACAAAGGAGCAAGCCUCAGUCAAAUAUCUUAAUCCAAAUUGUCAUCAUUCUAUUGUACUUAGACUGAUGUUAAAUUUCACAGCGACUAGGAAGACAGCGUAGUUUAGCUAGAAUGUACAGAGGACCUGUGUGAUGUGUGUGUGUGUGUGAGAGUGAGAACACAAUGUUAACAGUUUGGCUGAUCCCUUAGCUUUCACAUGAGCACCACGAUCACAUAUACAUUAGACCUAUUUGGUAUAUUCCUAUUUGAGUAAGGGAGGGCAUAUUAAGAUGACACAAUACCAAACAAAUUCACAAACCUCUACUUAAAUGCUCUAACCACUGCCUCACUAGUGCAGAUGGAUUCACCUGCCCAGUUUGGCAACAUUAAAACUGAUAUUAAAAUCGUCUGUUGGAAAAGAGAGGGUAUAAAUAGAUUCGUUACAAAAGGGACACGCUUGUCACUCGAGAAGCAUAUUCGUUCUAAAUGUUUUCCAUUCAGAUACCUUUAUUGACUCUGAAUGAGUUUGAGAUGUCAUUGUUGUUAAAUACCAAACAGAACUGGUUCAAUAGCCUGCCAGUAGCGAAUAUGCUUGUUUUGCAGGAUAUAAAGAGCAAACGACUGCCAUCUCUGGCUUUGCAUCCCUCUCUUACAUGGACAGAAUACUUGGGAGUAUUGACUUGCAUAAGUACGGGUGGAAACCCCUUAAAUGACCUUAAGAGUUUUUUUUUUUUUUUACAUUUUCUUCUGAAAGUAGCCCCAUGCAAUUACUAUUAUGUUUCUCUGACCUUUUAUUUUUUUCACAAUUACAUUUAUCAUAGUCUCUUUAUCCUUAGAGUCAUGUGACUUGAUUUCAGGGGCUUUGGGGUGGAAACACUUAUUAUUUAGGGAUGGGAAGUGUAAAACCUGUUCAGGCCUGACAUAUAGCUAGUUAAGGCAAUUGGUUCUAAGAGUGAAAAAAACAGUGAAGUGCUUCAUACAAUUGUAUUUUUUGUUCUUAAGGGGAAAAAAUGUGUUGUCCCAGUUCAUGAGCAUUUUAGGCAAUUCAAUUAAACAUUCAUGUUAUAACAUAAACCGAAAGUGUGUGAAUAAUUAAUCCAGGUUAAAGUCCAUGUAUCUAGUGCCAGAGGUUUCAAUCUUUUUUGAAGGGAAUCUACCCAAAAUUUCAUAGCAUCUGCAAUGGAUUUUUGAAGUGAUACAGAUGUUAUGACAGUUGAGUAGUUUCCCUUUAGAUAGCCUUCAGUGUGUAAUGAUUGAAAUUGGAAGGUAUGGUCAAAAGAAUGGUUUGUUUAAUCAUGUUAUGUAUGUCCUCUUUUCCUAGAAUGCCCCUCAGGCAGUCUUCAGUCUUUCAUUCCAAAGAAAUAUGGUGGGGUACACGCACAAAUCUCACUUAGAACACUUAAUUUCACCAUAAUUUCACCACUCUACAUUCGACUUCAUCUCUUAAACCUCACAGGCAAACAUCCACUGUAGUGUUAAUUUUCUCAAUUUGAUAUAUGAUAGAAUGCAGAUGGACAGGUGGUGACGGUGUAGCUUUUUGCAGCACACCAGAGCUCCACACAAAUUAUUCUACACAGUAAAUUGUUUGAUCUGUUUUGUAUUAUUAUAAAUAGUGCAUGUUUCUUGUUAUUAUUACUGCUGUUCCAGCCACAUUUUCCCUUUUCGCUAACUACAGCUAUAAUGGCUCCCGGGCCUCAGGACGCCAAGUUGAGCAUGACGGGGGAAGAGAAUUAGCGCCCCACAAUGCCUCGGAUGUGCUCCCCACUAAGGUAAAGCCAUUUGCCCCCAACCACGCCUGCACCUCGAUUAUACACUUCCCCAUGAUUCUAGCACAGCUGCUUGGAGAAGCUCAGAUCAGGCCAACAUCAGUUUAUACUGACAAUACAGUCAACACAAAGGGAGUGGCACUUGUUUUCUGUUAUGUGGUUGGAUCAGUGCCUACUGAGGGGGAAUUGCUUUGUUUUUUUAACAGCCUGGAGUUGUAGAAUAACCUCUUUCAGCUUCCCAAAAUGCUCAUGGUUUGGUAUUUGGACAAAAAAAAAAACUUUUCUACUUCGAUUAUUCAUAUUUAUACUGACUCUUUUGGCCCCAAAUUCUCAUGCUAAAAGGUUUUAGUGACUUUGAGGUUUAUUUUCUCGCAGUAUGCUUUCAAAAUGAGCUGGAAAUGAAUUUCCAAGCAUUUUUUCUAACAAUUAAGAGGGAAGAAUGGUUUACAUUUGCCUUGGCUUGUUCUCUGGCAUUUAGUCUUUUUGAAGCACUUCCAGUUGGCGAGAUGAGGCGCUCCAACUAUGCUUUGAGUACUUAAGAAGGGUGCAGAGAUGACCAAAAGUAGGGCAAUGGUCUUGUAGGUGAGUAACUAAUGCGUCCAGCUCACAUCCACCUCAACUUUAUGCCUACUGCCACCAUUUCAGCCUCACAAGAUCAUAGAUCCCAGUGCAACACUCUGAUUUCAGUUUUAACUCUGAAAGAAGGGUUCAUCUGUUUUCCUGCCAAAUUUAGACUUCUGACUAUUAUAGGGAUUUAUUUUUCAAUUCUCUCAGCGUAGGAAUUGAGCAUGCUUUUGUAUGUCCAUAAGCAAGAAGUAACAAAUGUUUUUCAGUUUAACCUAGGGACAGUCUGCUAUGAAUGUCAGAAAAAAGAAUUGGUGAGUGUUUGUUAAAGGUAAGCCUAUUCAGUCACUCCAAACAUUACUUAAAACACAUUCCUGUUUGUGAUUGGCAUUAUUUUUUUAAUAUCACAAGUUUGUUAAUUCAUCUAAUCUUCAAAAAGGCUUUAACCUCAAAUCUCAUUUAAAUUUUAGAAUUGAACACUCUACAAUUGUGCAUAUUGAUUUUCAGUCAACCUUCCAAUGACCUACAGCUUCAUCUCCGAUUUAGAAAUGCUUUGAAAAGCUGAACAGUGGAGAAUUACAUGUAGAUAAACUAUGAUUGUAGAUUAUCAAGAACUGAAAAACUCAGUGAUUCAGGGAUGUUCGAGUAUCAUUGAUCUUUUUUUCUAGGUCUGAAUGGGCAACUUUCAUUGUGGUGUAUGUAAUUGUCAGUGUCAGAGGGAUCUUAAUCCUAAUGUUUUUUAUUUGCAAACUGGCUUUAGUGCCAUGAUAUUUGUAUUUUCUUCUUGUAAAGUUCAAUAAAUGAUGCUUAAAUCAUA